AGCGCUCGCCACCGCCCAGCCUCUCCUCGCGCGCCUCUCUCUUAGCAGAGCCACCGGGAGCGAGAAGUGGUCCAGACUCCGAGGGUGAAAAGGGCUAGUGUUUCUGGCUUUUCUCCUUUCUUGCUUCUUUUCUUGCUUCUUUCCCCCAUCUCCUUCCGACUUGUGUGCAAGCGAGUGUGUGAGCCAUGGAGCGAAGAGCCUGGACUCUGCAGUGUACUGCUUUCGCUCUCUUUUGCGCUUGGUGUGCACUGAACAGUGUAAAAGCGAAGAGGCAGUUUGUAAAUGAAUGGGCGGCGGAGAUCCCCGGGGGACCGGAGGCAGCUUCGGCCAUAGCGAAGGAGCUGGGCUAUGACCUUUUGGGUCAGAUUGGAUCACUUGAAAAUCACUACUUAUUCAAACAUAAAAACCAUCCCCGAAGGUCUCGAAGGAGUGCCCUUCAUAUUACUAAGAGAUUAUCUGAUGAUGACCGUGUAAUAUGGGCUGAACAACAGUAUGAAAAAGAGAGAAGUAAACGUUCAGUUUUAAGAGACUCAGCACUAAAUCUCUUCAAUGAUCCAAUGUGGAAUCAGCAGUGGUACUUGCAAGAUACUAGGAUGACUGCAGCCCUGCCCAAGCUGGAUCUCCAUGUGAUACCUGUUUGGCAAAAAGGCAUCACAGGCAAAGGAGUUGUUAUCACAGUACUGGACGAUGGCUUGGAGUGGAAUCACACAGACAUCUAUGAAAAUUAUGAUCCAGAGGCUAGUUAUGAUUUUAACGAUAAUGACCAUGAUCCAUUUCCCCGUUAUGAUCCCACAAAUGAGAACAAACAUGGGACCAGAUGUGCAGGAGAAAUUGCCAUGCAAGCAAAUAAUCACAAGUGUGGGGUCGGAGUUGCAUACAAUUCCAAAGUUGGAGGCAUAAGAAUGCUGGAUGGCAUUGUGACUGAUGCUAUUGAAGCCAGUUCAAUUGGAUUCAAUCCUGGACAUGUGGAUAUUUACAGUGCCAGCUGGGGCCCUAAUGAUGACGGGAAAACUGUGGAGGGGCCUGGCCGACUGGCCCAGAAGGCUUUUGAAUAUGGUGUCAAGCAGGGGAGACAAGGAAAGGGCUCCAUCUUCGUGUGGGCUUCUGGGAACGGGGGGCGUCAGGAUGAUAACUGUGACUGCGACGGCUACACGGACAGCAUCUACACCAUCUCCAUCAGCAGCGCCUCGCAGCAAGGCCUGUCCCCCUGGUACGCUGAGAAGUGCUCCUCCACCCUGGCCACCUCGUACAGCAGCGGCGAUUACACCGACCAGCGAAUCACAAGUGCUGACCUGCACAACGACUGCACAGAGACCCACACAGGCACCUCGGCCUCGGCACCCCUGGCUGCUGGCAUCUUCGCUCUAGCGCUGGAAGCAAAUCCAAAUCUCACCUGGCGAGACAUGCAACACUUGGUUGUCUGGACCUCUGAGUAUGACCCACUGGCCAAUAACCCUGGGUGGAAAAAGAAUGGAGCAGGCUUGAUGGUGAAUAGUCGAUUUGGAUUUGGGUUGCUAAAUGCCAAAGCUCUGGUGGAUUUGGCUGAUCCCAGGACCUGGACCAGUGUGCCUGAGAAGAAAGAGUGUGUGGUAAAGGACAAUGACUUUGAGCCCAGAGCCCUGAAAGGUAAUGGAGAAGUUAUCAUUGAAAUUCCAACAAGAGCUUGUGAAGGACAAGACAAUGCCAUCAAGUCCCUGGAACAUGUGCAGUUUGAAGCAACGAUUGAAUAUUCCCGAAGAGGAGACCUUCAUGUUACACUCACUUCUGCUGCUGGGACCAGCACUGUACUGUUGGCUGAAAGAGAACGGGAUACAUCUCCUAAUGGCUUUAAGAAUUGGGACUUCAUGUCUGUUCACACGUGGGGAGAGAAUCCCAUAGGCACCUGGACUUUGCGAAUUACAGACAUGUCUGGAAGAAUGCAAAAUGAAGGAAGAAUUGUCAACUGGAAGCUGAUUUUGCAUGGGACCUCUUCUCAGCCAGAACACAUGAAACAGCCUCGUGUGUACACAUCCUACAACACUGUUCAAAAUGACAGAAGAGGGGUGGAGAAGAUGGUGGAUCCAGGGCAGGAGCAGCCCACACAAGAGAACCUGAAAAAGAGCCCCCUCACAUCAAAAAGCCCCAGUGGCGGCAGUUCAGGGAGCAGAAGGGAUGAGCUGGUGAAGGCAGCCCCAUCUGAGGCCAUGCUGAGACUCCUACAAAGUGCUUUCAGCAAAAACUCAUCCCCAAAGCAAUCACCAAAGAAGUCUCCAAGUGCAAAGCUCCAUAUCCCUUAUGAAAAUUUCUAUGAAGCCCUGGAAAAGCUGAACAAGCCUUCCCAGCUUAAAGACUCCGAGGACAGUUUAUAUAACGACUAUGUUGAUGUUUUCUAUAACACAAAACCUUACAAGCACAGAGAUGACCGGCUGCUGCAGGCAUUGGUGGACAUUCUGAGGGAAGAAAAUUGACAUCAGUGUGUGGUCCUGAGUUGGAAAUAUUCAUGCUUCCUCCUUCCCCUUAGAUUUUUGCCUGUGUCUGAAGUGGUUGUUUUGGCCAUUGGUUCUUAUGCUUAUAAUAUCCUUUUGUGGUACUUUUGCUUUUGCUCCCCAAACUAGACAUGUGAAAGGGAUGAGCUCAGGUCGAAAAUUCCACUUCCUGAAUUGAUCAUGACUCCUUCAAAACACAUCUUCCCUGCAUGCACAAGUGAAAUGUUUUGUUCUUUCUGGAGCCACAAUUCAUUUCGCUUGUGGUCCUCACGCCACACUAGAAUGCUUCCUUGAACCCUCCCAUUUCAUUUCUCAAAAGAAAAGGCAUCCCCCAGGUCAGAGAUUCAUUUGAAGAAGUAAUCUGCAAAGAUUGAGAGCAAAGAAAACUGCUCCUAUAACUUGUCUCCUGUCUUUGCCACGUGGUUCUUUGAGUUGUGAAGCCCAACAGCGUUGGAAAGUUUCUAAUGAAAGAGUUUCAAUUAGACCCAUAUCCUUGGCUUUUCUACCCCCUAGUACUGCUCAUUCAGGGAGUGGCCAUUUGGUCAUUUUGGGGAGAAGCUGAGUCACUGAGAUCCAGAAACAGUCCUCCAAAUCUGUGUUACGUGGUACGAGCAGUUUUAGACCAUUUUUCUUGGCUUGGUGUGCUGUGUAGAGGCCUACUGUGACUCUGAAGGUGACCAGGACUUGUGUGUGCUUUGGUCUUGCUCCCUUUCCCCUUAUGAAGGUUUUUGUUACCUAUUUCCUUUCUCAGCCACAAGCUGAAUACUGAGAGAACUAAUUCAUAUUACUUUCUUAGAAUAAAACUUAUACUUGGGACUUGGCAAAUUCCUAGUCAUAUUUUUUCAACGAUACUAACAGGAAACCACUCAUGACACAGAGAACCAACGUAAACAGGAAAAUAUUUAUAAUGGAGAGAGCCAAGGGAAGAUUUUGUUGGUUUUUUAAACUGUAUUCAUUCGAACAGGUUUUUCUGGAUCUUUAAAACUAAGUGUUCAUUCCUUACCACUAACAGCACUUUCCCAAUGUUACAACUGAUAGCAUUCAAAUAUUUACCCAAUUGCUUCCAGGAUUCAACUCAAGAGGACACGAACUGGCAGUCCACAGGCCCCAUUUGUCCCUCAGGCAGAUUUUGUUUGGCAUGUCAAAUGAUUUAAAAAUAUGAGUGAUUACUGAAAAUAUGAAAUUUCACAUCAAACUUGAUUCUCAGACCCAUUUUCUCUCCUGGCAACAGUUGGCUAAUGUUGAAUAGCGUUGAAAUCUGCCCAGCUAGAUUUGAGUGCAAGGUCCCUAAGGUGUCCUGCUCCGUGUUGCUCACAGUGGCUACCUUACCGGUCAGCACCCAACGAAAAUUUCAUUUUUUGCCACUGCUGCA